CCGCCAGCCCCGCCGGAGCCCGGAGCUGCUCACGGAAUAGCGACUCGAUGGUGACAGCACGGUUUGGAAAUCGCCCUCUUGUUACGGGAGAGAGAGGCCUCGUGGCACCGUCUGCACCUACAGGUCCCGUCAAUGACCGGAGUCAGCGACUGCCCUUUAGGCAGGUACCGAGGGCCCUGCGGCACCGAGACGGGCACCGGGAGAGGAAAGGGAGACGGGCACCGGGAGAGGAUCCGGGGACGGGCACCGGGAGAGGAUCCGGGGACGGGCACCAGGAGAGGAUCCGGGGACGGGCACCAGGAGAGGAUCCGGGGACGGGCACCGGCGGUCGCCCCCCCUCCCGCUAUUCCCCGGGAGCGAGGUGGACGGAGGCCCUGAGCACCCAUGGCACUGCCACAGCCGCCGCUGGGGCCUCCCAGGAGGAGCUGAAGGCCGCGUACCGCCGGCUGUGCAUGCUGUACCACCCCGACAAGCACCGCGACCCCGAGCUCAAAACCCAGGCUGAGCGGCUCUUCAACCUUGUCCACCAAGCGUAUGAAGUGCUUAGUGAUCCACAGACCAGAGCCAUCUAUGACAUAUAUGGGAGGAGAGGACUGGAGAUGGAAGGCUGGGAGGUUGUGGAACGCAAGAGAACUGCAGCUGAAAUCAGGGAAGAAUUUGAGCGUUUGCAGAGAGAGAGGGAAGAGCGGAGACUGCAGCAGAGAACUAAUCCAAAGGGAACAAUUAGUGUGGGAAUAGAUGCCACUGACCUGUUUGAUCGCUAUGACGAGGAAUAUGAAGAUGUGCCUGGGAGCAGCUUUCCCCAGAUUGAGAUAAACAAAAUGCACAUAUCCCAGUCCAUCGAGGCACCCCUGACUUCCACAGACACAGCAAUACUAUCUGGUAACCUUUCCACCCAGAAUGGGAAUGGAGGGGGAUCAAUUAAUCUUGCACUGAGACGAGUGACAUCUGCCAAGGGAUGGGGAGAGUUGGAGUUUGGAGCUGGAGACCUUCACGGACCUCUCUUUGGGUUGAAGAUAUUUCGUAACCUUACACCAAGAUGUUUCAUCACCACGAACUGUGCCCUGCAGUUCUCGUCACGCGGGGUCCGCCCCGGCCUCACCACGGUCCUGGCCCGAAACCUGGACAAGAACACAAUGGGCUACCUGCAGUGGCGCUGGGGCAUCCAGUCAGCCAUGAACACCAGUAUUGUCCGGGACACCAAAACCAGCCACUUCACUGUGGCAAUGCAGCUGGGAAUCCCCCAUUCUUUCAUGAUGGUCAGUUACCAGCAUAAGUUUCAGGAUGAGGAUCAAACACGAGUGAAAGGUUCUCUCAAGGUGGGUUUCUUUGGGACCAUAGUGGAGUAUGGAGCAGAGAGGAAGAUUUCCAGACACAGUGUUUUAGGAGCCACUGUCAGCGUUGGUGUUCCUCAAGGAGUGUCCUUGAAAAUCAAGCUGAAUAGGGCCAGCCAGACCUACUUCUUCCCUGUCCAUCUAACAGAUCAGCUGCUUCCCAGCGCCGUGUUCUAUGCCACCGUGGGACCUCUCGUUAUCUACUUCGCCAUGCACAGGCUGGUCAUCAAACCCUACCUCAGGGCACAGAAGGAGAGAGAGCUGGAGAAGCAGCGGGAGAGCACAGCCAGUGACAUCCUACAGAAGAAGCAGGAGGCUGAAGCUGCAGUCCGGUUAAUGCAGGAGUCAGUCCGAAGGAUAAUUGAAGCAGAGGAAGCCAGAAUGGGUCUGAUUGUAGUGAACGCCUGGUAUGGGAAGUUUGUUAACGACAACAGCAGGAAGAAUGAGAAGGUGAAGGUUAUAGAUGUGACUGUGCCUCUGCAGUGCUUGGUGAAGGAUUCUAAACUCAUCCUUACAGAGGCCUCCAAGGCUGGGCUUCCAGGCUUCUACGAUCCCUGUGUGGGGGAGGAGAAGAGUUUGAAAGUGCUUUAUCAGUUCCGAGGAGUUCUGCACCAAGUGAUGUCAGCUGACAAUGAGGCCCUUAGGAUACCAAAGCAAUCUCACAGGAUCGAUGCCGAUGGCUAAUGCGGGGAACACGCAUCUCUCACGGUACCUGGGUCAAUGGAAACUGCAAAACCUCCCCCGGACGCUGCAAGUUUCAACAGAGACACUUUUAUUUUUACUGUCUGUAUAGCAGGCGGUGUCCUGGCAGUUCUGUUAGGGACAAAAGGACAGACCCUGCUGCUUCAGGCAGCUCCCAGGCAAUAUCUGAGUUGUGGCUCGGUACCCAAUAAAGCAGCGUGACUCUGAGUGCACAGUGCUUUCUGCCGAGGGCUGAGCGGGCACCCUGCUCCCAGCUGGCCACGGCCCAUUCUGCACUCACACCUCUCUCCUGGUGCACAGCAGGGACAAAGACCUGUUCUUCUCACUUCUCCACGUACUUCCUGGGGUAGGUAACACACCUGCUCCUUCUCAGGAGGGGAAUUUCAGUUCUCUGGCCACGUCCUAGAAGUCCCCUGUGCAAAUACUUUUGGAGAGAGGUCAGUGAUUGUUUCAAUCUCAAAUCUGUGUUUGAAAUGCACUUGUUAGAAAAAGUAUGUGCUUGAGUAUGAAUGAACUGCUCUUCCAGACAAGGCCACGGUGUAUCAUAGUUUUAUUGAUUCUUCUGCCACCCCCAACCAUGUAUUGUCAAGGAUUUUCAGAAAAGAGGAAAGCAAGUGAGGGAGAAGGACAGCAGUUAAUUUCAUUUGAUUCUGAUGCUGCAGCUAUCUCUUAAUAUCUAAUUUAUUUCUAGCAAAAAUAAAUGUAGUUCAUAAAGUAAACCAUACCAAAGUGAGAGAGGCCAAAUGGAUAAAGAGCUGAAAAUGUAACACUCAUCUGCCCUUUCUGAAAAGCAGCAGUUAUGGCAUAGAUCCAUUGGCUUUGUCUUGCCUAGAAGCCCUGCCAGGGAUUUCCAGCAGAAGGGCAGUCCUAGGCUGGUGACAGAGCAGCUGGAAACAGCACCUUACAGAAUCUACUACACACUGGGUACAUCAGCACAUCAGAGGCUUUUGCAGAGACAAGGAAUCAUGGUGGCUGCUUCUUGGUCAGUUUUGCUCUGGCUAAGCCCAGACCAGCCUUCAUUGCUCGUGGGUGAAAGCAGAGGGGAAAACACCAAUGUCUUGGCAAUGCAGAGUUGCUUUUGACAACUCCUGCAAUAACUCCUUUCCUGACAUAGACCUGGCCCCUGUUCUGAGCAGCUGUGGUUCUCUGUUCUCAGGUCACUGCACCAGGAGAAUGAGAUUUCCAAAAUAAAUGCUUUCCCUUGUAAAAAACAAGUUCAUAUUAUGAAGGGGUGUUCAUUUGUUUUUAUUAAAACCAAAACAACUCAGCUGUGACCAGUUCCUGGUGCAGGGCUUUAUUUCACUUAUGGCCAGCGUUCUGUCAAUCUGAAAUUAAAUGUAAUAUGUGCAAUAAAUUAUAUUCAGCUGAAAAGAAGCUCCCAUUCCCUUUGCAUCUGUAGGAAGUUCCUGAGAUGAAACUCCUGGAAAGUAAGGGUUGAAGGUUCUGUAAACGUAGCAGCACUCUCCAUCCCAUCCAGCUUAUUGACCUCUGUUUGGUGGGACUGGGCAGAAAUCUAAAUCUCUUCCAGUUCCCUUUUGCUGUCACUGUGUGAGGUGUAUGAUCAGAAGUGAGGAGCCAGCCUGUAGAGAUAGGACAUGGCACAGGAGCAUCCCUGAGAGCCAGGUGCUCAGUCUGUCUCCCAGCCCCCCUCAUCCUUUCUUCCUUGUUUUCUGUCAGUGCUAAGUUUUGCCAAGACAGCCCCACUGCAGAACCACAGCCUUCACCACCGUAUUCUUGCUAUGAGCAGCUGCCAUUCUAUAGCCACAACUCCCCUGGGACUUCUUUUUAUGACUCUGUAAUUCAAGAUUACCAACAGAAUUAAAAUCGAAGCUCUAAGCAAGCAGAGCUGAGCUUCUAGCCGAGCUUCCACCAUGACCUAGUGCCAUUUCCAAAAGGUUGAGCCACCUUUUCAGUUUGCCAAGGUGUUCAGGCUGCUGCUUUGAUGGCAGCUGGCUGAGCAGCAGUGCCUGCAGGGUUGUGGCACAUGUGUGAGCUGCAGGGUGGCACCAAGGCUCCGGCAGCGCUUGGGUGGUUUGGAGUCCUCGGUGCUGCCCAGGGUGGGGAGGGAGCUCUCUUUCAACACAGCUCCCAAAGGGUUCACAGGGGCUUGGUUUGGGUCUGGCCAAGCCUCCAGUCCUUGCAAAGGGGUGCAGUGCUACCCCAGGGCUGUUUCUGAGGCUGCAGGGACCAGGUGCCAGGACUGCACACUCCGACACCACUGGCAUCCUGGCCUGGGCCCUGUCCCCCAGCUCAGUCAUUGCACCCUUCAGCAGGCCCCUGGCACAAGCCCAGCACAGUGUCCCUGCUGUCUUCAGCCACUCUGGGCAGUGCCUGCCUCCCAACCCUCCACCCUGCCCAGCCACAGGGCUCCUCACCAUGUCCCACACUCUUAAGGAGAGGCUAGCAAGGAGCAGCUGCUCCAGAGAAAGGUGGGGAUACCUGCCAGCUCUUCCUAUCUCCACCUGAGUGUAUUUUUUCAGAAAGAGCACUUCAAGUGUCAAGUCUUCCUGCUGCCUGGCACAACAGCUCACAAACCAAUAAAUCAUAACAGCAGACUCCUGAGUUUGGAAUAUAACGAACUCAUUGUUCAUUUGUCUCACAUUUAAGAAAAAAACAUGGUUCAUUAAAAGUUUUAAUGAAAAAAUAAAGUUCUGAAUUAAACUAUAAUUAUACAUGGCUGAAAGUGAUGAACUAAAAGAA